AUUGUACAUAAAAUAUUUUACAUUUUAUAAACUAUUUAUGUAAACGAUGUAAUGACGUGUUGUGUUGGCCUGUCCAUCAAAGUUUAUUGGCCCCACAGUUUUGUUAGGAGAGUUGCUAAGAUACGAGCGGACAGGACUGUCCCGUAGACCCGUACCACAACUGCUCUUAUUGAUGUUUACUGAAAGGUUGUGAUAUAGUUGUGCUUAAUACGAUUAAAAUGUCUGACAACGAGGAAGAUCAAGGGCCUAAGAGUACCUUUACCACCUAUAUGGCUGAAGGUGACCAGCUGUUUCAGAAGGGCGAGUAUGUCAAAGCUAUCGAGUGCUUUUCCAUGGCUUUAAAUUUACAGCCAGAUGAUAAGAACUGUCUGGUAGCCAGAUCCAGGUGUUACAUGAAAUUAGGUGAUGCAGAGAGCGCGCUGAAAGACGCCGAGACGUCCCUCAAAAACAACAAAAACUAUUUCAAGGGUCUGUAUCAGAAGGCUGAAGCCCUCUACACUAUGGGUGAUUUUGAGUUUGCAUUGGUCUACUAUCACAGAGGCCAUAAGCUACGUCCAGAGCUACAGGAGUUCAGACUGGGAAUCCAGAAAGCUCAAGAGGCAAUCAACAACUCAGUGGGCAGUCCUUCUUCUGUGAAGUUGGAAAAUACAGGAGACCUGUCUUUCUUCCACAAGUCUAAUGGGGUUCAUCCCAAUCAUUCUCAUAAGAAGGAAUCCAAAAAGCAUGGCCAGAAGAUGUGCAAAUAUGAAAAAACAGCCAAGCUACUUCUGGGAGAAUUGUACAGUGACAGAGAAUACUUAGAUAAACUUCUACAAGAUGAAGAUCUUAUAAAAGGUAAGAUACGAACAGGAGAGCGUGUGCAAGAUCUGAUCGUGGGCUGUAUCUCCUAUCUGGACACGCGGACAGCAUUCUGGCAGCAGCAGAAGCCCAUCUAUGCUCGUCAACGAGACAGAAAACUAAUGCAGCAGCAAUGGAACCGGGUUCGACACAAGCCACCUUCAGACCCGACCCGAUAUGUCCUCACCAGUCUGGAGGAAAUUGACAAAGCCUUGAGUGCCGGCAAUGCAGAAAGUGGCCUAAAGAAGGCCCGCGAGCUCAUAAAGGUGGUGAAGGAAUGGUCUGAGCAGGUGCUGCCCAACAAGAGAGAAGUGCUUGGGAACCUGCACAGCUGCAUUGGCAAUGCAUUGAUGGAUCUUGGGAAUAUGGACAAGGCUCUGCAUCAUCAUGAGAAAGAUCUGGAGCUGGCCAAGAAAGGUGACCUGACGGACAGUAAAUCCAGGGCUCUUGACAACAUUGGCCGUGUGUACGCACGGAUUGGCAAGUUCCAACAAGCUAUAGAAGUCUGGGAGGAGAAGGUGCCUUUAGCAUGUGGCGGGUUAGAGAAAGCCUGGUUGUUCCAUGAGAUCGGCCGCUGUUACCUUGAGCUGAAGCGCUACAACGAAGCACGAGACUAUGGCUCCCGCUCUCUCACGGCAGCGAAUGACAUCACUGAUGAGAAAUGGCAGCUCAAUGCCAGUGUGCUCAUGGCGCAGGCCGAAUUGAAGCUGGGUAACUACAAGGCCAGUGUGUUGCACUUUGAGAGAGCACUGGACCGGGCAAAACUGAUGCAGGACCACUCUGCCAGCGAAGCCAUCCAGAAGGCUCUUCGUGAAGCAAGACACAGAGUGACCCAGUAAGAAGAGAAACCCAUCUGAAUAAAAUGUCUGCAAUCCACCUCCAAGACAAGUCAGAACUAAUGCAUCCUUACUAGUGGAAUAAAAUCUGCCUGAGGAACAUUGUG